UGUGAGAGUACAGAGUGUGUCUGCGAGUACGAUGCUGCUAAUGAGCACUGGAACGGCGGUAGUGCUCCUUCACUUAACUACCUGCUGUUGUGUCUCCUGUGUAAACGGCAGGAGAAGAAGGAGGAUGCGGUCUGCCUCAUUCCUGUCAUCACUUCCCCGAAGGAAGAGGAGAGGCUGAUCCAGUCCUGCUCCAAGCCCGUAGUGAAGUUGCUGUACAACCGGAGCAACAACAAAUAUUCCUACACCAGCACCUCAGACGACAACCUGCUGAAGAACAUCGAGCUGUUCGACAAGCUGUCCCUGAGCUACAAUGGCCGCAUCCUCUUCAUUAAGGACGUGAUCGGGGAUGAGAUCUGCUGCUGGUCCUUCUACGGGCAGGGCCGCAAGCUGGCGGAGGUGUGCUGCACCUCCAUCGUCUACGCCACCGAGAAGAAGCAGACGAAGGUGGAAUUCCCAGAAGCCCGCAUCUACGAGGAGACCCUGAACGCGCUGCUGUACGAGAUGCUCCCGGUCCCCGACAACUCCCUGCUGGAGGCCACGAGCCGCCGGGCGCACUGGGGCUCCUCCCACAGCGAGGACGAGGAGGGCCUGGAGCUCAGGGAGCGCGUGCGCCGCAUCCACGUCAAGAGGUACAGCACCUACGACGACCGGCCACUGGGCCACUAGCCUGAACUCGGCGGGGGGGGAGGGAGGGCGGGCGAGGGCAUCGAGGAGACCGAAACUGGAGGAGGGGAACAUCCGCCUGCCUCCCUGUCCACGCCAGCUGAGAGCCGAGCCACCGCAGACGAGCCCGCAGCGAUGACUGCAACCCCUGGCUGACUCCAAGGCAUCGAUUUUUGUUGGGGUUUUUUUCCAGCCUGCUGCCGAGUCAAAUCUCAGAAUCGUGCCUCCUGUCUUACCCCGUUUUACUCUGGGAAUCCAGCUGGGAGGCUCUCGCAGGCAGCUGGCGCCGGGCUGCGCUCUCCAGGCGAUGGCAGCGUGUGUCCAGUCUCUCAGAACGUUGUGCGGUGGCACAUCUGAAUCCAGUCUUUGUUCUCCGCAAGGCACUCUCGGUCAGAGUUACGUUUUAACUAUGAAAAUCAGAUUCUGCGGGGGCGGAUACAAGUGAGCCAAAAGCUUUGCAGCCCAAGGAUGGUUUCAAGAGGCAGGUGUUUUCAUAGGCCAGCCGGUCCCUAGAGCAGUUCAGCAACUAGCUCCGGUUUUGGAAAACAGGAUUGGCUCAACAGGUGGGCCAUCCCCUGGGAGCACAACUGUGCAACAGAGAAAGCACAUCGAAUCCUCCCACUGCAGCCCUGGAAUCUGGGGCCUAGACAGGGCAGCACAGUGACCUCGUGGAGCAACAUUUCAGGACACAGAGCACCUCUGUUCACAUCCCUAAUGGCCAGCAGCACCCAGAAAUAAACAGGACAGGAAAUGAUGGAGAGGAUUAUAAUCAUUGUAUCUGGAAUAAAUCUAAAUCACUCCUUUAGAUUUUACAGCGGCCUUUGUAAUCGCCAACUUAAAGCUCUUACCUCAACGUACACUGCUGUUCAAACGUCUUAGACGCAUUCAGGGUUACCAGCUUACUCAAAAGCCCCACCAGUAUUUUCUGCUAUUUGAACAGAUACGUUUGGGUGAUAAAAAACCGAGCUUGUCCUUUAACCAGUCUUUAAUUCACAACGAUCAGAAUGUUCUCAAACUUGAACAGCCAAAAUAACUUGUGGUUAGUAAUCUGUCUCAUUAACCAGUUAGAGCUAAUCGAUUCCUUUUUAGGUAUCAGGUUCCUCUCUAGCCAUCCAUAAAGACAGAGGUUACUUUCUGUACUGUUGGCAACGUUCUGUCAGGAUUAACAAUUAUGUCAAAAAGUGGAAAAUCUUUAUGGAAUGGUAUCUGCGUGGAGGAAGAAAAUCAUUGAUUGAAAAAGUCUUAAGAUUUUGAAAUUGCACAGCAGUGUAUGCCCAUGACCAUUAAACAGGAAGUAACUUUAGUUAAAUGUUUUGAGAGCUGAAACAAUGACCACUACUGCUAAAUAACACUACCCACAGCUGGAAUUCACAGCUGCACAGCUCUGUGUUGUCCCUGACAGGAUCUGUUACAAAAACUAUUUCUGUAUUGUAACUUGUUGAAGCCUUGAAUUAAUUGUGUUUUUUUUUUUAAAUUGAACUGAAUUUAAGCCUUUCCUAAAAAAAUGUAUUUUUUAUGUCAUUUUUCUAAAUCAGUGUGACAUGAUUUUGGGAUUCUGUCAUAGCACCUUCGUAAUGCUGAAGAGAUUGCUGUGCCAGUCGUUUUUAGACCUGCACGGCCUGAUUUUUUUUUAUUCUCCCUUCUCGGAUGACACAUUUCACCAGCACAAAAAUAUCUUCUAAAACACUUUUUUUCCUGUGAUUCUGACGGCCAAGUGUAAGAGCAAAAGAAUUUCUUUGUCACUUUACAAAAGGAGACAAAGGAUGUUCAUGCCAAAAAGAUCUCAAAAGCAGUGUUUCCUGGCAGCUUUUCCUGUCUUGUAAUGUAUCUAAGCACUGCCUUUUCUAUAUUGCUUUCUGUUGUAUUAGCUGAAGUUUAUUUCUUUGGCAGCACUGAUCUGUGAGUUUUGUCCCCUUAUAAUUUUUUAAUGACGUAACAGGACGAGCUGAUUUGCUAACCUGAGCCCUGGAGAUGCUCAGUGAAUCGUCAGCUUAUUAGAAGUAAACUUGCUAAUUUGAGUCUGACCGGCUUAUCAGUUACCCUGACAAGUCAGUGACAAGUCAGCCACUCUGUCAGCUCUCUCUGUUCAUGACAAAUAAUCAUAUUAGCUGAGUAGCCUUUUCUAAUUAUCAAAGCCUCCUCUGGCUAUAAAACUGCACUUUACACAUUAAGAAGUGACUUAAAAUCCAUUGAAUUGACACGCUGUUCUGCAAUUGAUUGGCUACUUUUAAAGCCAGUUUAAUGUCCUUAACAACCCUAAGUGUCUCGUUAGGGCUGCUGUUUACCCAGGUUUCUGUAACGGUUAGUGUAUAAGCCUUGCCCUACGUCAGAUGUGAAUCUGGGGCUACCCCUCAGUCAAACAUCUUCGGUUUCAUGGUUCAUAUAGCUGGGGUGUGUAAAGCAGGCCUCGGGUCAUCACCUGCGGUAAAGAGCAGUUCACUAGGUUCCAGCACUGGUGUCCACUCGAGGAUUUGAACCCGCAACCCUCUGGUAAUGGCUCCAGAGCUGUACCGCAAGCUUUGGCAGGAUGAAAUCCUCCAGGCAGGGCUGUGUCCUGACUCUGUACUCUUGAGCCUGUUAUACCAGGGGGUGGGUGGUACCCCUACUGACUUCUCCACUAAUCGCAGGGCAUCACGAACACACAGAUUAUUAUUCCCUCUGAAUCACCGACUGGUCAGAUCCCAGGGGUACAUCACAGGCCAAAGAUUUAAUGGACUUGAGCCACGUGGGGAGGGAGGAAAUGAGACCAUGUUUUUCUUUCUCAACUCAUAUCGAAGCAGACAGCUGCUUCAAAUGAAUGUUGUUUUUUUUUUACUAGAAGUCAUAUUAAUGGUAGAGCUUUGGCUGUUUUUAAAAAUAGCUUUUAAACGGUUGUUUUUUUUUAGCUUUCAUUGAAAAGGUGACUAAUUCAUUUCAAACGUAACACUACGAAACGUCAGUGCCUCUGAACAAAUACGAUGUGUUUUUCUAUCUGUCUGUUUUGCCCUUGUGCAUCGUGGUUUUGAAAAUAUUAAAGGGACUGCAAUCCUUCUGG